AUGGAAAAAAAACACACGUUGGAGCCUGGGGAAGAGGCAAAAAUUCGAGCCAUUUUCUUUUUCAUAGGACUACUGCUAAGCUUACCCUCACACGUUAUAGUUAAUGUAUCCUUCUUGAUAAACCACAUUUAUGAUGAGGAAAUUUUUGUAACAGUGAUGGGGAUAGUAUCUGGAUGUAUGAUUAUAUCAUCAUUUUUUCAGUUAACAUUUGAAAGAACUUCUUUUAAAUCGAUAAUGAUUUUUAAUUCUUUAAAUACACUUAAUAUGUUAGUACUACUAGUAUGUAUAUGUGUGUGUAAAGCAUCAAAAUAUUAUGUAUAUGUUAUAUGUGGAAUUAUUGGAUUGUUUAUUGGUUAUUUAUAUUCUUCUUGUACAAAAUAUUCACUUCUUAUGGCUAUAAAAGUAAAUGGAUAUAUGAUAACAGGAAUUAGUUUUAGUUCAUUAUUUUUUUUUGGAAUUAAUUUAUUAAUGUCUUAUUUUACAAUUGAAGAUGGAAAUACAAGCUCCUAUUACAAUGCUAUAGCUUUAUCUAUUGGAACAAUUGUCCUUAUCGAAUUUUUUAUAAUUAUUUUUAUUAUGUAUGUUCAAAUUACUUCCCCUUUCUUUAUUCAACAACGUCAAAAAAUAGAAUUAGAAAUAUGCAAAAAUGCUAAUAAUGAUAAACAGUUAAGUGCAAUUGAAAAAGGGAAAAGUAAAAAGCAGAAAAGUACCUUAUCUACAUCUGAUCUUAAAUCUAAAGAUUCCACUGUUUCAUUGUCUUUUUUGAAUGUUUGUAAAGACAAAUUUGUAAACUUCAAGAAUAUGUUUAAUUGCGCUAAUAUUUAUAAUGGCUAUAGUUUGAUUAAAUAUUACUAUGUUUGUCUCAUUCCCAUAUGUUUUUCCAUUUUUAUAUCCUCCACCGUGUACCCUCACAUGAUUCCCAAUAAAUUAGGAAAAGGAGUUUAUAUAAAUUACUUAUUCAUGUUUUUAUAUCAACUAAGUGACAUGUUAUUCAGCCUUAUGGUGACUGUCCAUUUGAAUGCCUUCAACUUUUUGAAACAGAAAUAUGUUGUCGUCAUGUGUUUAAGCAGAAUCAUAUUGUUAGGAAUUGCUUUCAAUAUAAAAAAUUUAGAAGAAGGAGAUUUUAUGCACUCAAACGGAUUUGUAGCACUCAUUAUAUUUUUAUUGGGUUCUACAAAUGGAUCUCUUAUAAAUAUAAGCUAUGCCAGAAUACAUGAAUGUUUCGAAGAACCAAACACCAAGGAAAAAAAUAUUGCCGUUUCUUCUUCCUUCUGUGCACUCUCUCUCUUAAUGAGUUUUGCUUUGGCCCCGUGGUUCUGCAAAGCAAUCAUAGAUUUGUAA